UGAUAGUCCGUAAAACAAUUCACUUGUACGGCACUUAUAGAAUGACAGUUUCAGUAAUGGUGAAAUGAUUGAAGACCAUUUUUUCACUUAAACCUUGAUGAGAAAAAUCAAGGACGCCCGAGCAUUAGUCAAGAUGGAUCGACUGAGUGUCUUUAUUAAAAAAAAAAACCUUAUCCUUGAAUUUCUUACACACCCCGGUGGUAGAAAGACUGUUUUAUCAAAAUGACAAGUAAAUGUUCAGUUAUGCUAUUAAUCUAUGAACAUCAAAGGACCAAGACAUCAUGUCUUAACUGUAGGUUACUCACCCCCAUUUUUUUCUUCUCUUCAUUGAAUUAUAGUUCCUGCUGAGGAGAAUCAAUGAUCUGUAAAUCUGAACCUACAGGUCCCAUGAUAUAUCUGUACUGUAUCAGCUGACCCCUUUGUAUCAGAUAUAGGACAUUUUUCAGAUGUCAGAUGAUGAUUAGCUGUCACCUCCAUUCAUCUUCUCGUAAGACCGUUCGUUGCUGUGAUUCCCCAUGUUCCAGGGAAUCUAAUGCCUCCUCGUAUCACCGCGUUUCACGACUCAUAGCUUUUACCUUUUGGAUAAAAAUGGCUAAAUCACCAAUCACUUGACUGAAUGUUUUAUUACCUCUGCCAAAGAGGUCAUGUUUAUCUAAGGUGUCAGUUUGUCUGUCGGUUUGUCAGCAGGAUUACAGAGAAAUUCCUGUGAAAUUUGGAUGAAGGAUGAGCCUUGGCCCAGAGUAGACCCCAUUAACUUUUGGUGUGGAUCCAGGAUUUUGUUCCCCCCACUUUCUACAUUUUAGUUAAUUUCUCAGGGAACAACGCAUGGAUCUGUUUUUUGUUUUUUUUUCUUUUAAUUAUUAACAUCAUUUUUAAAUCAGGCACAUUUAGGUGGUGUGUAUCUAUCAAUGAGCACCAUUCGAUGCAAAUCUAGAUUUGCUGAUUUUAAAUUAUGGAUAAGCGGUGAUUCGGCUUGUUUAAAUUUAAGGGCAGAGGUGUGUGCUCUACUGAUUAGCAGUAUGGCAAUUAGUAGAGUGCACACCUCUGCCCAAACCUGCAAUCAAGGAUUUGGGAGCAGCUGGAAACAAUCUGAGAACUCAAUGGAAAACCAACGCGACAUCCAUGUUAGCAAUCAGUUGCCCAUCUCCACACCCACCAGACGCCGAACAACAUCAUCAUUCAUCUGGAGUCAUGUUUCUAUAGAGCCCUGGCCAAUGCGCGGUGUGAGGAGAGGAGGGCACCAAAAAAAAAAAAAAGAAGAGGGGAGAAAAAUCCCCUCUGACCGCGAGUGUGUGCGCGCAAGAGAAAGGGACGAGACUCCGGCUGCACCUCAAUCUGGUCUGCAUCUUUCCACCGGACCGCAGUGGAUCUAGCCGACGGACUGACGGACCGUACCGGGACUACAUCCACUGACAACACAAGAUGUGAAGGAGCUCAGUGAGUGUCGGUGGUGGAGAGGAGAGGAGAGAGGAGAGCAAGAUCCAGAGAACUACACAGGAGGGGGAGAAUUGAGUUACUGUGCAACUGCGCUUUUUCUUCGCAAAACGACGGUUUUUUUGUCCUGUCUGUGAGCAGCGGACGCGUAAAAAAAAAAAAAAAAAAUUAAAAAAUAAAACAAAUACCCGUGGCGAACUCACUGAGAAUUUAUUUCAGACCCGGAGAAAAGAGGGAGCACACGGAUACAAGACUGUCUGUACACUGCCGAGCCCAAUCUGUGAGGGGCCACGUACUAUAAGUGUAUGUGAGAUGAGGAGAAGCUAAGUGGCUACCACAACCAGCCAGAUCAGACAGCCUCCUGUGCUGCAAGAUGGAUUAGAGCCCAACACCUCAGGAGAUCAAAGGUGGCUGUGACAGGGGCACCCCCGGGGCAGGACCCAUGAGGAGUCAUAGAAGAUGCUCACAGCCUGGGCGCUUCUGCUCUUCUUAGCCAUGUGGGUGAGAAGCACCUCUGGUGGCCCGCUCUCCUUCAGAAUAGCUGCCAUCCUUGACGACCCUAUGGAGUGCAGCCGAGGGGAGCGACUGGCCAUCACUCUGGCCAAAGACAGCAUCAACAGGAACAGCAACCGCUCGACCACCGGCAAGCUGGAGGUGGACAUCUUUGAACUGCUGAGGGACAGUGAAUACGAAAUGGGCGAAACGAUGUGCCAAAUCAUGUCUAAAGGGGUGGUGGCAGUCCUCGGUCCCUCGGCCAGCCCGGCCUCCAACUCCAUCAUCAGCAAUAUCUGUGGCGAGAAGGAGGUGCCCUAUGUCAAGGUGGCUCCAGAGGACAUCCUGAAGGUUCAGUUCCCCCGCUUCACCACUCUGGACCUGAGGCCGACCAACACCGACAUCAGCCUGGCUGUGGCCGGCCUCCUCACCUUCUUUAACAGCACCACCGCCUGCCUCAUCUGUGCACAGGCUGACUGCUUAUUGAACCUGGAGCAGCUCCUCAGGCAGUUCCUCAUCUCCAAGGAGACUCUGUCAGUGCGCAUGCUCGAUGACAGCCAGGACCCGACCCCUCUCCUGAAGGAGAUCCGAGAUGACAAGACUGCCACCAUUAUAGUGGAUGCCAACGCCACCAUGUCACAUAUCAUUUUGGAACGGGCUUCAGAGCUGGGAAUGCUGUCAAUCUACUACACUUACAUCUUCACCUCUCUGGAAUUCUCUUUGCUCCGACUGGACGACGUGGUGGACCAGCGGGUGAACAUCAUCGGGUUUUCGGUCUUCAACAAAACCCAUCCGUUCUUCCAGGAUUUCGUGCUGAGCCUCAACCGCUCCUGGCAAGAGAACUGUGACCACGCACCCUUCGCUGGCACACCGCUCUCCUCAGCUCUGCUCUUUGAUGCGGUAUACGCGGUGGUGGCAGCGGUCCAGGAGCUGAACCGGAGCCAGAACGUUGGCGCCACUCAGCUCUCCUGCAAGUCCUCCAAGAUCUGGGAGCACGGCACCAGCCUCAUGAAUUAUCUGAGGAUGGUAGAAUUGGAAGGUCUAACGGGCCACAUCGAAUUCAACAGCAAAGGCCAGCGGUCCAACUACGCGCUGAGGAUCAUGCAGAACAGCAAGGAUGGCCUAAGGCAGAUUGGCCUGUGGCACUCGGAGGAUGGACUGUCCAUGGAGAGAAAGCUUCCAUCAAUCAACGUGACGGACACCCUCUUCAACACUACUCUCACCAUCACGACGAUAUUAGAGAAUCCAUAUGUGAUGCUGCGGCCGAACCAUCAGGACCUGGAGGGAAAUGACCGCUACGAGGGCUUCUGUGUGGACAUGCUGAAGGAGCUGGCAGAUAUUCUCAAGUUCAAGUACCGCAUCCGGCUGGUCGGGGACAGGCUGUACGGGGUUCCUGGAGCCAAUGGGACGUGGACCGGCAUGGUCGGAGAGCUCAUCUCAAGGAAAGCCGACCUGGCGGUCGCAGGCCUGACCAUCACAGCAGAGCGGGAAAAGGUCAUAGACUUCUCCAAGCCCUUCAUGACCCUCGGCAUCAGCAUCAUGUACCGCGUCCACCUGGGACGCAGGCCUGGUUACUUCUCCUUCCUGGAUCCCUUCUCCCCUGGAGUCUGGCUCUUCAUGCUCCUGGCCUACUUGGCUGUCAGCUGCGUCCUCUUUCUGGUGGCCAGACUGACACCUUAUGAGUGGUACAACCCUCACCCCUGUCUGAAAGGUCGCUGUAACCUGCUGAUCAACCAGUACUCGCUCGGCAACAGUUUCUGGUUCCCUGUCGGAGGCUUCAUGCAGCAGGGAUCCACCAUCGCUCCCAGAGCUCUCUCCACGCGUUGUGUCAGCGGCGUCUGGUGGGCCUUCACAUUAAUCAUCAUUUCAUCCUACACCGCCAACCUGGCCGCCUUCCUAACGGUCCAGAGGAUGGAGGUGCCGAUAGAGUCUGUGGACGACCUGGCAGAUCAGACGGCGAUCGAGUACGGCACCAUGCACGGAGGAUCCACGAUGACCUUCUUCCAGAACUCCCGCUACCAGACCUACCAGCGCAUGUGGAACUUCAUGCACUCGAAGCAGCCCAGCGUGUUCGUGAAGAGCACGGAGGAGGGCAUCGCCCGUGUCCUCAACUCCAACUACGCCUACUUGCUGGAGAGCACCAUGAACGAGUACUACCGCCAGAGGAACUGCAACCUCACUCAGAUCGGAGGACUGCUGGACACAAAGGGCUACGGCAUCGGCAUGCCACUGGGCUCAGUGUACCGUGAUGAGUUUGACCUGGCCAUCCUCAAAAUGCAGGAAGACAAUCGUUUGGAGAUCCUCAAGAGGAAAUGGUGGGACGGUGGCAAGUGUCCAAAGGAGGAGGACCACCGUGCCAAAGGUCUGGGCAUGGAGAACAUCGGCGGGAUCUUCGUGGUGCUGGUGUGCGGCCUGCUGGUGGCCAUCUUCAUGGCGGUGCUGGAGUUUGUCUGGAUGUUAAGGCAGGCGCCGGGAAACGAGCAGUCAGUGUGUGAGGAGAUGCUGCGGGAGCUCCAGGGGAUCGUCCUGUGUCGCGACAGCCUGCAGGUGAGGCGUCGGCGGGCGGCUUCAUUGAUGCGUCCGCGGCCCUUACCCCUGGAGGAGCGUCGGGCGCGAGCUGCCGCCGUCAGCCUCAGCAACGGCAAGCUGUGCGGGGGCACCGGACUGCCUGAACCCCUCUCCCACAGACUGGCACAGGAGGCUGCCCUGGUCGCGAGGGGGUGCAGCCACAUCCGCAUUUGCCCUGAGUGCCGGCGCUUCCAGGGACUGAGGAUGCGUCCGGCGGGGGCCACCGGGGCCCUCCCUUCUCCCACGCACAGUGAGGAGAGCAUAGAGUGGGACAAGACCACGAAUAGUAGUGAACCUGAAUAGCGCCCGGUCGACUCUCCCCCAAAAGCCACCUCUCUACUUUCCAGGGAACAAAGAUCAUGUGGUGUUUUGAUUCAGCCAUUUCGGAAGCUUGAUCUUAAAGGGCAGGACAAGGCUGCAAACUUUGUUUUGCCCUCGAGGCAACAGCCGGCAGUCAGUUUUGGAUUCUCCUUGGGUGAAUUUUUUCCUUCGUCAUAGGAGAAACUGAUGAGUCUGUCUCGUUGCGGUCUGUCCCUGUUGGCCCUUUGUACCGUGUAAAACAGGACAGACGAAAACAGCUACGGGGCAUUUGUACUAUGCAGUAUUUUCAGUCAUUUAUCAUUGUGCUGUUUCUUUUUUUUCUCCUUUUUAAAUUAUUUCUGUCCUCUGUUUGAUUAUCAGUACUGAAUAUUGUUAUUCUAUUGUUCUUUAAAAGAGAAAAAAACUUUCAA